UCCUGUUGCAACAACCAAAACACGACCUUGCAGUUUACCCUCACAAUGGAUUUUCCGGGGAGAAGGAUGGUACCUCCGCUUGUUUCUACUGUCGCGCCGCUUUCUUCGGCAACGUCGUCCUGCUGGGCAUGUAUCGACCUCACAAUCGAAUCUGCGCACCAUGCCAACAGUUAUCGGAUGGGGACUCUUGCUCCUGCAAUGCACUCUACUCGUUCAAUGCCACUCGUGGAUCGAUGCGAUGUGGUGCUCUCCGGGAACGCUCGGCUACCCCCGCAACUACCGCAACCGCACGGACCUUCCGCCCAACAGCCCUGCGUUCGACCGCCUCAUGACGUACAAGAUUGAAAACUACAACAGCAUCACACCGCUGUGUGCGAUCACGCAGAAGACCCCGACGCAGGCCGAUCGAUACCCGCGGUUGACGUGUCCGCCCAACGCCACCGUGCACUUCCGCUACAACUCGAACGGCCAUGUGACCAACGACAAGUGCCUUCCCAAGGACCCUCGUGGAUGCGAUGGACCGUAUCCCGUGUCCUCGACGUGGUACAUCCUCUGGAACCGAACACCCUCGUAUGAACUGCGCCGCUUCAACCUGCCAAAGAUAUGGAAUGCAUCGCAUCCGGCUGUGCGCGGCGGCGUGAAGCUAGUUGGCAACGGACCUUUCGACGACGGGCUAUGUGGCCAAGUGGGUUCCAAGCGGCCCCGCGAAGGCCAGCCAUGCGAAGGUUCCUUCCAGCUGCCUUCCGUUGACUCGAGCCAGCGCAUCUCCCUUGUCUGGUUCUGGGCAUUCAACCGCAUCCACAACGUCGGCGAAGAGUACACGACGUGUUUUGACGUUGACAUCGAAGUUGAGACCGAGUCCGGAUAAAGGAUUGAGAUCCACCAAUCACGAUUGAAUAUAGUCGAAAAUAUAUACCGGA